AUAAUUGAUAAAAUAAUAUUUUCAUAUAAACGGAAGAAAUAAAAUGCGAGAAAUAUUACUUUUCGUGUGUGAAAUUUUGAAAUGUUAUGCGUAAAUUUCACAAUGCUUUCAAGUACCUUUUAAGUUGAAUUCAAGGUAAUUUUUCUUUAAGAAGCCCAAAAAGACAAAUAAAUCCAAAGACAAACAGUGUUACCAAGACGCGAAAUGUGUUAAAUACAUUAUUUAUGUCUAAUUUUAAAUGGUAUUUUGGGAACCACAAGCAACAGAUUCACAGAUAAGAGUAAAUAACAGAUCAUCAUUAACAAACAAAUUUCUAAUGGUGGUUAUUUAGAAAUCCGAUUGAAUAUUUAUGAAAUCCAGGAAUCGACAAGUUUCUAACCAGCAUUCCGCCACAAAUAUAAUCCAAAGAGUAGGCAAAUGAUUAGCAAUGGGCAUAAGCUUACUUAACAUCUGGAGACGUGGCCUCCACACAAGUUCCGCCCGGUUGCAGAUGAUCCAGGGCUCUACGCCCACCAAGCGAAUAUGUAUAGUGGGCGCCGGACCCGCCGGCUUCUAUGCCGCCCAACUAAUCCUGAAGCAACUGGAUGAUUGCGUAGUGGACGUAGUCGAGAAACUGCCUGUUCCCUUUGGACUGGUGCGCUUUGGCGUUGCACCCGAUCAUCCGGAGGUCAAGAACGUAAUCAACACCUUUACCAAGACCGCCGACCAUCCGCGUUUGCGUUAUUUUGGCAACAUAUCGCUGGGCAUGGAUGUGAGUCUGCAGGAGCUGAGAAAUCGUUACCACGCCGUGCUCCUUACCUACGGAGCGGAUAAGGAUCGACAAUUGGAGCUGGAAAACGAACAGCAGGGUAAUGUAAUAUCUGCCCGGAAAUUUGUAGCUUGGUAUAAUGGAUUGCCGGGUGCGGAGAACCUGGCUCCCGAUCUCAGUGGUCGCGAUGUCACGAUUGUUGGUCAGGGCAACGUCGCUGUAGAUGUGGCCAGGAUGCUCCUUAGUCCACUGGAUGCCCUAAAAACCACUGACACAACGGAGUAUGCCUUGGAAGCCCUAUCUCGAAGUCAAGUAGAGCGAGUGCAUCUAGUGGGAAGACGUGGUCCCCUGCAGGCCGCCUUUACCAUUAAGGAGCUCCGGGAGAUGCUCAAACUUCCAAAUGUGGAAACUCGCUGGCGAACUGAUGAUUUUUCAGGCAUUGAUCUCCAGUUGGAUAAACUACAGCGACCACGCAAGAGACUCACCGAACUGAUGCUCAAGAGUUUAAAGGAGCAGGGCAGGUCCUCUGGCUCCAAACAGUUCCUUCCCAUAUUCCUGCGAGCUCCAAAGGCUAUAAACCCUGGGGAAAUGGAGUUUUCUGUCACGGAACUUCAGCAGGAAUCAGCUGUGGCUACAAGUUCCACGGAGCGUCUUCCUUCGCAUCUAAUCCUACGCAGCAUUGGUUACAAAUCCAGUUGCGUGGAUUCAGGAAUCAACUUUGACAAUCGACGCGGUCGAGUUCACAACAUUGACGGUCGCGUUCUCAAGAAUGAUGAUUCGGGAAAAGUAGAUCCUGGACUCUAUGUGGCCGGUUGGCUAGGAACAGGACCCACUGGCGUGAUUGUGACCACCAUGAAUGGCGCUUUUGCAGUGGCCAAAAGCAUUUGUGAUGAUAUAACCACGAAAAUUGUGGACACCACUUCAAUGAAACCGGGAUACGACACAGUUGGCAAAAGAGUAGUUUCAUGGGAUGGUUGGCGACGUAUUAACGAAUUUGAGUGUGAGGUGGGUAAGUCCAAGGGAAAGCCCCGUGAGAAGAUCGUUAGCAUAGAGAAUAUGCUGCAAGUGGCGGGUGUCUGAUGCCAGGAUUCCAUGGGUUUUGGUCGACAAUAGUGUUUUUAGAACCAUUUUAGAUAACUUUUAUUUAUCUGUCAUUUGUAGCCUUUGUUUUUCAUUGUAUAUAUAAAAACCUUAAAUAAAACACAUGAAAAUCUCU